AUGGGGAGACAUAAGGAGUGGCGAAAAAUAGCGAAGAGGGAAAGACGAAGACGCAUUCGUACACAUCUAGCCAAACAAGAAGAAAAUGAACAUAGAAAUGAAAGUUUUUUAAAAGAGCAAGAACUGAUGGAAACAUUAAUGCUUGAGCAAAUAAAAAAAUCAAACAAAGAAGAAAAUGAUAAAUGGAUCCAAGCUGAAAAAAUUAAUAUAGAACAGUGGAACAAAUUACAAGAAGAAAGAGAAAAACUACAUCAAAAGCAUCUUGAGCAAGUAGCAAAGAUCAAAUUGGAAUUCGAAUUGGAACAAAAGAAUAAGAAAAUUGAAGAAGAAAGGUUAAAAGAAGUACAAAGAAAACAUAAAAAGAAACAAGCGAUCUUUAUGCACAACUUAGAUAAGUUUUUAUCUGGAGAUGCAGAUGAACCUCCGUCAGAGUUGAGAGUUAUUCAUGAAACCAGACCAAAUGCUGAACUUUGCCCUUUCUUUUUUAAAACAGCAUGUUGUCGUUUUGGCGAUCAGUGCUCCAGAAACCAUCAGUAUCCAGGCAUUAGCAAAGUAUUACUAGCAACAAACUUUUUUACACAUUUUGGCCUUAGCAAUGCAAACCUUAAUGAAUAUGAUACCGACAUAAUGCUGGAGUAUGAAGACAGUGACACAUAUAAAGAGUUUAAAGAGUUUUUCUUUGAUGUUAUUAGUGAAUUUGAGAAAUUUGGUAAAAUUACACAAUUUAAGGUUUGCAAGAACCAUGAAAAACAUCUUCGUGGGAACACAUACAUAGAGUUUGCAGAAUUACGUUGUGCUGUGGCUGCAUAUCGUUCUUUACACACGCGCUGGUAUGGAGGCAGGCAGCUCUCAUUACAGUUCUCCCUUAUAAAUUCCUGGAAAAAUGCAGUGUGUGGACUCCAAUUACAACGACGUUGUCCGAAAGGACGGGCUUGUAAUUUUCUACACGUUUUUAGAAAUCCAAAUAACUUAUUUAGCGGAUAUUCUUAUGACAACAAUCAAGAUGCUGAAAGGUCUCAGCGGUCUUCUGUUAGAUCGUGGCGAUGGUCUGAGUCACCAGAGCCAGAAGUUCCAAAAAGUCGAAGUUCAGAACGUACUGACAGACGUCGAAGAAAUUCUAGAGAUGCUGACGAUUAUAGAAAACAUCGUCGCCGUUCUCCUCGACGAAGUAGUCGACGCUAG